AUGCCUGUCGACGAUGAUGAGGACGACGAUAUCGACGACGAUGUUCGGGAGCCGAAACCAGAGGCCGAAGGUGGAGAUGAGUGUCCCUCCGCUGAAACUUCCGAUCGCCAUUCAAAUAGAAGCUAUCCUAUCUCCUCAUCCUCCACAACGAGCGGAUCUGGUUGUAGAGCUCAAAACAUAGCUGGAGCCUACCCUCGCAUGCUCCAGCUGGUAGGCCAACAUCUCCGAUCACUUAUCCGACUCGCCCCAUCCAACACGGACUUCCCAGAGCGGGAGGACCAGCUGGCCACCCAACAGACUCCACCAUGA